AAUGUGAGUAAGCUUCCACUGGUUGGACGUGAGUCUACGGAGUGCCAUGUAAGGAAUGUACUAGUGGCUGUUACUUUCGCUGUCGAGCACAUAUGUGCGAGUGAAAGUGUGCUGCUGAAAAAAGAUCUCUGACAAGCCUGGUAUAAUGUAGACAUCAGCUCAUUCUGAAACUGAAGCUUCACGGUCAAGUUUAUGAAGACAUAAGGACCUAUUGUUAUGCGAACAGACUGUUUGAAAAGCACCAGGAUGACGUUUGCCCAUGGAAUUCGAUCUGUUCGUUUCACAGGAUUUUCAGUUGCGUUUAUGCUGUUAUCGACAUGCUCGUGCAGCGACCACCCACACAUUGAAGUUAUUGCUAUUGUUGGAGAAGCAGCAACUCUUCCCUGCAUGUGUCCUCCUGACUGGCCUCCGUUUCUGGUCUGGCAGAAGAACAUUGAUGAGGCACUCGUGGUUAAUUACUACAAAGAUGAUGACCAAGAAGACAUCCAAAUUGCACUCGAGUACAGGAACAGAACAGAGCUGAGACUGACAGGAAACUGUUCUCUUGUGAUUCAUAGUGUGUGUUUAUCAGACCAGGGACUGUACAUCUGUUACUAUAAGAAAAAUCCUUUAAGGCAUGAAAAAAUCUAUCUGGGGGUCACAGAACAAGGGAAAGUGUCAGAUGAACCUAAGCGUGUCCAGAGCACCACUGUGAUAUCUUCAGUCUGUGGGGUACUCAUCAUUUUGCUCAUCACAAUUGCUGCAGCAUAUAUAGGAAUUACUUGCAGAAAUAGACAUCAGAUCAGAAGGCACAGCACACACAGAAGAGACCAUCAAGGUUGGAACUAUACACCAACCACCAGCCACAUUCCUCCAACCACCCGAGUUUGAAUGCCCUAUUGCAGCCAGCAAGGAAUUGUGUUGGAAAAAUGAAGUUUUUAGAAGGCUUGUUGUGGUUCCUGAGUAAAUGGUAUUUCUGGCCAUCAGACAUCUUACGCACACUCUCUAAGGUUUCUUCAACCAAUUUUGUGGCCUGAAUGAAAAAUCCAAUAUCAUUAAAUAUCUCCUGACCUUCCAUGACAGGGUGUGGGUCCUCUUGACCUUCCCUGAGCUGUCGCAUUUCACCUAGACCUUCCCUGAGCUGUCGCAUUUCACCUUGACCUUCGCUGAGCUGUCGCAUUUCACCUUGACCUUCGCUGAGCUGAGCUGUCGCAUUUCACCUAGACCUUCGCUGAGCUGUCGCAUUUCACCUAGACCUUCCCUGAGCUGUCGCAUUUCACCAUGACCUUCCCUGAGCUGUCGCAUUUCACCUUGACCUUCGCUAAGCUGUCACAUUUCACCUAGACCUUCCCUGAGCUGUCGCAUUUCACCUUGACCUUCGCUGAGCUGUCGCAUUUCACCUUGACCUUCGCUGAGCUGUCGCAUUUCACCUUGACCUUCCCUGAGCUGUCGCAUUUCACCUUGAUCUUCGCUGAGCUGUCACAUUUCACCUAGACCUUCCCUGAGCUGUCGCAUUUCACCUAGACCUUCCCUGAGCUGUCGCAUUUCACCUUGACCUUGACCUUCGCUGAGCUGUCGCAUUUCACCUAGACCUUCGCUGAGCUGUCGCAUUUCACCUAGACCUUCCCUGAGCUGUCGCAUUUCACCUAGACCUUCCCUGAGCUGUCGCAUUUCACCUUGACCUUGACCUUCGCUGAGCUGUCGCAUUUCACCUAGACCUUCGCUGAGCUGUCGCAUUUCACCUAGACCUUCCCUGAGCUGUCGCAUUUCACCUAGACCUUCCCUGAGCUGUCGCAUUUCACCUAGACCUUCGCUGAGCUGUUGCAUUUCACCUAGACCUUCCCUGAGCUGUUGUGAAUCAUCUGUAAAUAUACAGUAUAUGCAUUGGUCAGUGAUGUAGUAUAAAUUGAAUCCAACUGUUUCAUUAAUACACUUGUAUAGUUUACUUGCAAAGUUAUAUGUUCCUGUUAUCCAGUAACAGUUGGCGUCAUACUUUUUGGAAGACAAACAUUACAAAUAUUUUGGUGUUUUUAUAAUUUUGUGGUUUAUAGAUCUUAGAUAGAAAAUUUACUGUAUAUCAGGAACAACCUCAGCUACCUUCUGCUCCAGUGGGGUUGACGACUGUUAGCUAUCAAAUAUUAUAGGUUAUGUAGUAAAUAUAACAACCUUACCCUGUUUGCCAGUUUUUUUGAACAUAUGUUCAA